CACAGGAAUGAAUCAGACGCACACGCUCAUGCAGUCACACUGGUUGAGAGUGUCGCGCUUUCUUGAGAAGGAUCUGAUUUACUCCACAGCUGCUUUUCUCAGAUUUACGGAUACUCCAAUCAAAAUCAUUCAUCAGGCUUGUUUACGUAUAAAGCACAGGAAUAAUGGACGCCCUGACGUUCUAAGUGACAGGUCGGUUGUGUGGCACUGGUGCCCCCUGUUGGCAUGAGUGCGUGCGGGAGGAAGGCUCUGACCCUGCUGAGCAGCGUGUUUGCAGUAUGCAGCCUGGGUCUGCUGGGUAUCGCUGUCAGUACUGACUACUGGCUUUACCUGGAGGAGGGCAUUAUACUGCCUCUCAACCAGACCACUGACAUGCGCGUGUCCAUUCACUCCGGCCUCUGGAGGGUCUGUUUCCUCGCAGGUGAAGAGCGAGGUCGCUGUUUUACUAUCGAGUAUGUGAUGCCUAUGAGUGUCCAGCUGACCAGUGAGUCCACUCUCAGUGUUUUGAAGAUGAUUCGUUCGGCGACGCCGUUCCCUCUGGUCAGUUUGUUCUUUAUGUUCAUUGGCUUUGUGCUGAACAACAUCGGACACAUUCGGCCGCAACGCACCAUACUGGCCUUUGUCUCUGGGAUCUUCUUUAUCUUAUCAGGUUUGUCUCUGGUGGUGGGUUUGGUUCUGUACAUCUCCAGCAUAAAUGAUGAGAUGUUGAACAGGACCAAGACUAAUGAAGCGUACUUCAGCUAUAAGUACGGCUGGUCAUUUGCGUUUGCCGCAAUCUCUUUCCUGCUCACAGAGAGUGCAGGUGUGAUGUCUGUCUACCUGUUCAUGAAGCGAUACACAGCGGAGGAAAUCUAUCAGCCCCACCCCAGCUUUUACCGGCCGCGCCUGAGCAACUGCUCAGAUUAUUCGGGUCAGUUCUUGCACCCCGAUGCCUGGACGCGAGGCCGCAGCCCAUCAGACAUCUCCAGCGACGCCUCGCUGCAAAUGAACGCCAGCUACCCGGCUCUGCUCAAGUGUCCAAACUAUGAUCGGAUGUCUUCAUCGCCCUGCUGAAGGACAGAGGACACGACAGACGGCAGUGUGUGUCACAGAUGGAUAAAGUUUUUUACUAGUUGAAUGUUAAUCCGAUGCAAGUUGUUGCCGUUUGCUGUUCUUUGCCUUAUCAGACUGCUGGAUUACACUUGACUUCUGACUUACUGAAAAAAAAUGACUUUCCUACUUAGUAUUUUUGUCUUGUUUUCAGUUCAGAUAUCAAAAAAUCUAGAAAAAAAUUCUUGAUAAGCUAAAUUAUCUAAGAAAAUAAACACAAAAAAUAUACAAUUUUAAAAAGAUGAAUUU